AUGAGCGCUUCUACUGCCCAGUUACGCGAUCUUCGCUCUCGACUUAAUCAGCUGCGCAUGCCGGAGUUGCGCAACAUUCUCAUGGACUUAAAUUUAGCUCGCUCUGGGCGCAAGUCGGAGCUCGUUGAGCGCAUCGCAAUUGAAUUAGAGUCUUUUGCUGAUAAGGCUUGUGGCAAUACAUCGACUGGCUUUUAUACAGAGCGGUUUGCAGCUGGUAUGCGGAGCAUUGAUCAGCAAUUGAGAGGCAGGCCUACCUUACUUCCUACGCCGCAGGUGGUCUCGGGAAGUUUUUGUCCGGCGCCUCAGAUAUCAGUUGGUAUUGGUCCGAUUCCGCCUACGACGCCGACAACGUGCUCGAUUCCCGCCCAGAUUUACGGACACCGCCAUGUGUCCCGAGCCCAACUACCAUUUGGGGCGUUAAGCACCACGCCGCAAGGAUCAAGUGUAAUUCCUUUGCCCAAUGGAGUGGAUAUGUACAACCCAACGCAGGCUGCAGCACUCAAUGGCGCUCGAUGUUUUUGCGCAACGCAUGGCGUUUCGGGCAAGGUAGUUAAAUGUGUUGAUUGUGGCUUGAUGGUGCAUGCGAAGUGUCAUCAGCUGAUAACGCUGAGCAGCGACUGGUACUGUGAGAUGUGUCGGUCCAAGACAUACGAUCCAUUUUAUCAAGUCCAGAAAACAGUGCUGGAUCCCAACUUUGUGCGUUUUGCCAAGGCUGCAAGCACAUUUCGACUUGAAUAUUAUAUCACAGACAAUGAUCUUAAUACUAUGUAUGCCAAACGUGAUCCAAAGCCUGGAUCAAUGUCGCCAGGAUCGCUAGAGCUCCAAUUGCGCUGUUUUGCUGUAAAAGAGGACCUUGCGACUGGACACUGCUGGCCAGCUUCAACACAACUGAAUGUUAAUGGUUUUGGUGUGCCGAUUACACAGCGUGCUCCACCAGGGCAUGCUAACCCUUCUAAAGUUCUGCGAGAAAUCCCUGCAAACAUUUUUCAGUACUCUCGGGUAGGGCGAAACGUUAUCGAUAUUCGGACUGUUGAGAAUCCGUCGGUUUUUGGGAUUAUGGUCCAAAUCGUAGAAGUACGCGACAUCAAUGACCUUGUCAAUGAAGUGAAAGAGGCGUCAAAGAAUGUAACAUACGAAAGCGCAAAGGAAGUUGUUAUCAAGUCGUUUGGCAGUGAAGACGAGGAUGACGUCGUUGCUACCGUCACAAUGCUGUCGGUCCGUUGUCCGCUGGGUCUGUGUGUCAUUGAUCUUCCGGCUAGAGGGAUACACUGCAAACAUUUGCAGUGUUUUGAUUUGAAAACAUUUAUAUUGUUCUGCAAGAAAGCUCGGUCGAAGGCGUGGCGGUGUACAGUGUGCCAUCAGUUUAUUAAAGCAUCCGAUUUGCGCAUCGAUCCUUAUUUAAAAAAGCUUCUUAUAGAAGUUCAAGGCGAGGAAGAUCUGGAAGAAGUCGAAAUCUUCCCAGAUGGAUCAUGGAAACGAAGGCUGGAAGAGGACUUGGUAGCAGAGCCUUCAGCAAAAAAGGUGAAGGCAGAGCAGCCUGAAUUGGCAAUAGCUUCAGCAUCAGUAUCAACUUCCACAUUAUCAGCACCGACAAUUGAUGCCCAAGGAUCAAGUGCAACUGUGCCAGUCGAGAUUGAUCUAUUAACAAGUGAUGAUGAUGAUGAAGAAACCACAAAAAAUGCAUCGAUUGCUGUACCUUCAACGGUAUUUGCUUCAACUCCUCUUGGUGACGACAUGGAUAUAUUAACAGUGAGCAGUGAUGCUUGGGAUAUGCCUUCGGCGUCAGCCCCAAUAUCAACCAUCACCGACACGACUAGUGAUGGCAAUUGCGGCGAAUACUUCCCGUUUCCAUUAGACGAAAAUCUGUUUCCCUCGAAUGGCUUCACGACUAACACAAGUAGCUCGUCAUCGUGGAUGCAUUCUAUUCCCCCUAAUUCGGCUGUCAGCAGCCUGUCUCUACCGGCUUCCACGGUCACACCUGCAUCAAUGGCUGUACAGCCUUCACGAGAUUUGUUGAGCCAGGCGGAAUCCAACUUGGCCAACUCAAUGGCCUCGUUUUCUCGGAAUCAUAACGUAGACAACCCGUUUGACCAGCGACAACGACGUCAAGCAAGAUCUUUUCAAAAGCCUACGACGAUGCCAAACGACAUGGACAUAAUUUCAUUACUGGAAAGCGACAGCGAAUGA